AUGGCCGUUGCCUUGGCCGUGCCUGAAAGUUCAUUGGUUGUACGGACAGAGACAAAAACUUGCUACAAAAAACGUUCACCUUUGGAUAAGAGAACUGAAGAUUAUUAUACAGAUUAUACAUGCCCUUGUGCAGUUGCCACCGCA